GAGGGGAAGGGGAGGGAAGCAGCGCGUACUCGCGCGUGCGUGAGCUGGUGCGUGAGCUGGCGCGCGAGAAAGGGCCCGGUCGCGUCGAGGCUCGAGCGGCCGUCGCCAUUUUGUAGGGUUCUCCCUGACGCGGGAGCCGCCGCCGCCGCCGCCGCCACCCGGAGGCUCUUGUCAGGAUGGUGAAGCUGUUCAUCGGAAACCUGCCCCGGGAGGCCACAGAGCAGGAGAUUCGCUCUCUUUUCGAACAGUAUGGGAAGGUGCUGGAAUGUGACAUCAUUAAGAACUAUGGCUUUGUGCACAUAGAAGACAAGACGGCAGCUGAGGAUGCCAUACGCAACCUGCACCAUUACAAGCUUCAUGGGGUGAACAUCAACGUGGAAGCCAGCAAGAAUAAGAGCAAAGCUUCAACCAAGUUACACGUGGGUAACAUCAGCCCCACUUGUACCAACCAAGAGCUUCGAGCCAAGUUUGAGGAGUAUGGUCCGGUCAUCGAAUGUGACAUCGUGAAAGAUUAUGCCUUCGUACACAUGGAGCGGGCAGAGGAUGCAGUGGAGGCCAUCAGGGGCCUUGACAACACAGAGUUUCAAGGCAAAAGAAUGCAUGUGCAGUUGUCCACAAGCCGGCUUCGGACUGCCCCUGGGAUGGGAGACCAGAGUGGCUGCUAUCGGUGUGGGAAAGAAGGGCACUGGUCCAAAGAGUGCCCAGUAGAUCGUACGGGUCGUGUGGCAGACUUUACUGAGCAGUAUAAUGAACAAUAUGGAGCAGUUCGCACACCUUACACCAUGGGCUAUGGGGAAUCCAUGUAUUACAAUGAUGCAUAUGGAGCACUCGACUACUAUAAGCGAUACCGGGUCCGCUCUUAUGAGGCAGUAGCAGCAGCGGCAGCGGCUUCUGCAUACAACUACGCAGAGCAGACCAUGUCCCAUCUGCCUCAAGUCCAAAGCACAACUGUGACCAGCCACCUCAACUCUACUUCUGUUGAUCCCUACGACAGACACCUGUUGCCAAACUCUGGCGCUGCUGCCACUUCAGCUGCUAUGGCUGCUGCUGCGGCCACCACUUCCUCCUACUAUGGAAGGGACAGGAGCCCACUGCGUCGUGCUGCAGCCAUGCUCCCCACGGUUGGAGAGGGCUACGGUUAUGGGCCAGAGAGUGAGUUAUCUCAGGCUUCAGCAGCUACGCGGAAUUCUCUGUAUGACAUGGCCCGGUAUGAACGGGAGCAGUAUGUGGACCGAGCCCGGUACUCAGCCUUUUAAAAACUGGAGGUGAGAGAUGGGUGGGAAUGGUUAAAAGAUUCCAUUUAGUUCCCUUGAAAGAGACCCAUGCUUCAUAAAGGAGGCUAGAGCCACCUGUUUGCUCUCCGGACAGUAUCCAAAAGGUACAAAUUACAUGUUAGUCUUCAGUAUUUCUCUAGCUUAGGCCACAAGUUCCAUUUGGCCUGUCAAGGCGUUAGUGUAUGACUCCAACCAACUUGUUCCUUCUGAGAGAACAACAAAUUCAAUUUGAUAGAACAUUCUUUAAUCAGUUGUAAGUAUAUUUGGGUUACAGAAAAACAUUUGAGAGAUCUAACAUUUGUUACGUGCUCUCUUAUAUAUCAUCUAUAUGAUAAAACUGAAAUAUUUUAUUCUUUUACAGAGAAGGGAACCUCGGAGAGGUUAAGUACUUUGCCCAAAGUCAUUUGGUAAAUGGAAGAUAGAGUCAGAAUUCACACACGGGCCUGAUUCCAAAACCCAUGCUUGCUCUACUACAGAAGUACUGCCAUGGUAAAGCUGAAAGGCACAGGUUCAGGGCUUAGUAAUUAAUAUCACAGUGAGAAUUUUAACUAUUACUUUAGGCUUACAGUUUGCUAAUAAAAUUGCUACUUGAGGGCAGAGGCAGUGGCUCACGCCUAACACUGGGAGGCUGAGGUGGGAGGAUCACUUGAGCCCAGGAGUUCAAGACCAGCCUAGGUAACAUAGCAAGACCCUGUCUCUACAAAGAAAAUUAAAUUAGCAGGGUGUAAUGGGGAGCACCUGUGAUCCCAGCUACUCAGAAUGCUGAGGUUGGAAGGAUCAAUUGAGCCCAGGAGUUGAAAGAGGCCACAGUGAGCUAUGAUCACACCCCUGUAUUCCAGCCUGGGCAACAGAGUAAGACCCUGUCUCUCCUUUUUUUUAAAAAAAAAAAGCAAAAAAACAAACUACUUCUUGGGUCAUUACCCUUUGUCAAAGGAAACUCUUCGAAUAUCAUACCUGCAUGCCAGAGGAAGUCCUAUAAAUUUCAAAGGUUCGCUUCUAAGACAUUUACUUGAAAGUUGAAUGUUUUGAUCUUCUGCCCCAUAGAGUCCUUAUUAGUAAUCUAGACUAGCAUCUUGUUCUAUAUGGGCACUUAAGCCCUAUUUCUUCAUAGCCUGUUAUGCUGUCAUUUAGAGCUGGAUGCUUCCCAUUUCUUCCAGCAAUUUUUGUGUUUUUUGUUGUUGAAGAGAGGAACAUUUCAGGAGUUAGGUAAGUUAGAUAAACUGGUAAUUUUCAGAUGUGUAGAAAAUUGCAUAGGUGGUGAAAGCCAAUGCCAUAGGCUCUGAAAUUUUACUAUUUCCUACAUCAGGAAAUGUGCACCAAAAGUGCUAAAAUGCCAGGAAUAAUUUUGAGUAUCUAAAGAUAGAUAAAUCUUUUCAUUUGAGUGGAAAUAGCAUUAUGACAACUUUACAUUCUCAUGGUUUUUCUUGUACCUUGAAAAUGAGCAUCACUUGGAGCCCCAGAAGCAUGGUUAAAGUGAGUUACUACUGAGUUUCUGGUGUUCCUAACUUAUCCCUUUGGUAUUUAUGUAGAAGAUAACAAAGCAGCUGUGUACAGUGGCUCGCACCUGUAGUCCCAACUAUUCAGGAGGGUGAGGCUGGAGGAUCCCUUGAGCCCAGGAGUGAGGGACUGCAGUUAGCCACUGCAUUCCAGCCUGGACAACAGAAUGGCUCCUCUCUCUCUUAAAAAAAAAAAUAAAAAGCAAAGCCAUAGGAAUUUGCUUUUUUAUGUGAAUUGAGAAGCAAAUGUUACGAACCUGUAGUAAGUUGUAUUCCUAUAUGCAUGUAAACAAGUCUUGAAAUCUCUUGAGACCACCGUGCAGCCCAGUCUGUGUUUACGUGUGAAGCAAAUGAUCUUAAAAUUUGUAGUUUGCCAUUAAUUUUUACUUUUAAUGCAGCUGGAUCUAGCAUGAGAUGGGAUAUGCUUCUGAAGUAAGCUGGUAUAAAUCUAUCAGAUAACCUGUUUCUCUUAUGUUUCAAAGUUAAAUGUUAAAUUCAUAUAUUGUAGUCUUCAAAAGGUAUUGCUAGGACAUUUUAAAAUGAAUUUUGACUGCAAGCAGUGGUUGUUCAACUAACCUCUUUUUAGUGAUGACUUUUAAAGAAACUUACCUUCCAGGUGUGAACCUCAAAUGGACUGAAUAACCCUGAGUUGGUUGCAGUCCCAGGAGCCUGAUGUUAAUGAGGCUGCCAGGAUGAAAUACUCCAGAACUGUUGGGGAUCCAAAUUCGGGUCUCACCCUAGCAGAACUGAUCCAAGAACGUCACAACUUUUGAAGUCGAUUGGCACAGAUCAAGACCAAGAUUUGGCCCUUUGUCUGUAAUAAGUAGAGGAACUUGGUGUGAGUUAACUUUUUUUUUCCCCCAGCCAUUGGUGUCUGGAGUUCCCAUCAUCAAUAGAAGGAUUAGAGAAUUUUAGGAGUGAUUUCUUCUUUUGAUUUGGCAAGGGAGAUUUGGUCAAUUAGGGGAACUACUGGAACUGUGGCUCUAACUCUGUGACAGUGUGACAUGUAGGUGUGUUGGAAUUGGGUGAAUGACUGGCUGCUCCUUGAUAUCCUACCCCUCGUGACCAUUUCUGAAAGCUUGUUUACUGUGAAAGAUUAAAACAAAACACAUUUAGAAUAGUGCAGUUCGCCAUAUAUGACAUCUCAGCAUCUUCUGCUUUUCCUGGACCCCAAAAUUAAAUUGCAGUUCUUGAAAAUGUAUGUAUGCCCUUUGUUGCAGCAACAGUAGCCUUCUGUCACAGGGGUUAUCUUGCCUAAAAGAUGGAUAAGAAAGAUGUAUUUAUCACCAACAUAUUCUUCAGCUAGAUUGCAUCUUUUCCUAUAUAGCCAUAAGUAGAUUCCUAUAUAUAGCUAUUAAUAGACUCCUAGGUAAUUACAUAGGAUAUGAGUUAGAUCCAGUCUGACUUGGUUUUGUUUUGUUCUUUUUUUUCCCCCGUGAAAUACAGGAUGGGACCCAGGGCGCUUGUACUCGGAGCCAGGCUGCUCUCCAGGCAUUGUGUAAGCCUCUUGUGUUGUGCUCUCUUUCAGGUAGGAUAAUUGCGGACUGAAACCUCAGGCUGCGGUCAUAUAUGAGAACUUGCUCCGCGCGGUCCCCUUUGCCGGGAUGUUUCCAUUGCUUCAUGUUUCAGUAAACAAAAGGAGUUUGUGACCAACUAUGUUUUCUUUCUUAAUUUAAUUCUUCUAAGUUGACUUUUCUUUCCUCCUGAAACUAGUCUCUGUAGCCUUUCACUCUUCCUUACAUUCUCAGCCUCUGAGCAGCCCUAGGUAAGGAUUAUGCUGGCAUCCCCUUUUUCCUGUGCAGUGGAGCCCCUCUUAUCUUGCUUUCCCUAGGAGUUGAAUCCUUCUCCCUGCCUACCUGCAGCAUCUCCUUUCCCUUUAAAAUGACCAUGUAGUGGCAAGCAGCCUUUUACUCUUCUGUUAGCUCUGGACUCUUAACAUUGAAGUUACUCUUCUGAAAUUGCUAGGACCAUUGGGGGUUUUGUUGUUUUGUUUUGUUUUUUUAUGUCCGACCUGUGAUCGUGGUACAGCAUUAGCUGAAAUUUACCCUUGUUUUAUUCCACGCCCUUUUUUUUUUUAAUUUUUUGACAAAUAAACGUUUCUAACACUGAAA